UUCAUUCGCUAUCCCGGAAGUAACCUGAGUUAGCCAAGGCCAGUGGGGAAAUUGGAACCUUGCAAGAGCUACGUUCUGCACAAACGCCGUACUCUAUGGUGAGGAAGGAACUUUUCAUUGCAUCCAGGCCAUCCUAAUAUGGCUGGAGGAUACGGUCUAAUGGCUGAUGAUGGUACUAUUGACUAUUCUGUUCACGAAGCAUGGAAUGAGGCAACCAACGUCUACUUGAUAGUAAUUCUUGUUAGUUUUGGACUCUUCAUGUAUGCAAGAAAGAAUAAAAGAAAGAUUAUGAGAAUUUUCACAGUGCCCCCUACCGUUGAAACCUCUGAGACAAACUUCUAUGAUGACAUCAAGAAGGUUCGCUUGCGUCAGCAGCUGGAGAUGUAUUACAUUGCUCGGAAGCAUGAUCAUCACACUCAAAGUGACAGUGUCCAGCUCACCGUGGAGUGAGUGAAGGUUUCACAUUCUGAAGAAUGCCUUGCCAAACCCAGUGAUUAAGUGGUUAAACUGGGAAGGAAACGUCUGACACAAUCCCAACACUGUGUCAGUAUAGUUAUUUAAACUGCAGAUUCCCUGCCUGUGUAUGAAUAGAUUCUAUGUAUAUUAGAGAAAUAUGUCUUCUGCAGUGGUAAUGCGGUUUCCUAUGUAUUAGCCAGAGGUGGGUUAAAAAAAAAAAAAACAGCAUUUCAUAUCGAUGGUGGACGGUGAGGCCUCCAGGAGUCAGUCACCUGCUGUUUUUCCCUGGAGCCUCCAUUUUGUUUGUAGAAAUGGCUGCCAGCAUAAGAUCUAACAGUCAAUACAAGACUACACAUCCUUUAACUUGUUUAUUGAAUUUAUCUUCUUAAACUGUACUGUUGGUAACUUUAAUUGUAGAUUAUUUGGAGUUAAUAAACCAUGCAAUCUAU